CGGCUCCAGGAUGCGAGCUGUAAUUGGCUGGAUGAGUUGGCAUCGUACUCGAGUGUUUGGCAGCUGUGUGAUUAUUCCGGUGCGAUCAGCGGAGCAGAAUGGCCACAGGUGCAGCCAGGGGUAGUUUAAAUCAUGAGCUUUCCAAAUUUUUCAACGAACUCUGGGAUGCCGAUGUGAAUCGCAUGAAUCCUGGUAAAGAUUAUCGCAUCUCAUUGCAGGGGAAAGCUGGAUAUGUACCAGCGGGGAGCAAAAAUGCCAGAGACAGCGCCCACUACCCGCUCUUCCAGCAUGUGGAUGAAGAAAAGCUGAAAAGCAGGAAAACAUUUGCCACAUUCAUCUCUCUUUUGGACAAUUAUGAGAUGUCCACCGGAGUGGCUGAAGUGGUCACGGCAGAGGAAGUGGCAGAAAUAAACCGUUUCUUGGAUGCCAUUUUGGAAACGAAGGUGAUGAAGCUUUCUCAUGAAUAUUUGGUUAAGAAGAAUUUGGCAAAACCAAGCCAAAAAGAGUUCAGAUCUCAGCUGUUCAUGAUCUGGUUUCAGCUGUACAGCCGGGAGCCAGGAAAAGGAAACGACUCUUGCGGAUUUGAACACGUGUUUGUGGGCGAGUCGAAGCGAGGUCAGGAAAUCAUGGGCCUUCACAACUGGGUUCAGUUCUAUCUGCAGGAGAAGAGAAACAACAUAGACUACAAGGGCUUUGUGGCCCGACAGCACAAAAACCGGCCUGAUGAAGACGACCAAGUGUUGAACCUGCAGUUCAGCUGGAAGGACAUGGUAAAACCGGUGGGCAGCAGCUUCAUUGGAGUCAGUCCUGAAUUUGAGUUCGCUGUCUACACCAUCGUGUUCCUGAUGUCUCAGGAGAAGGUCACUAAAGCGAUUGUUCGGGUGGAGGAGUACGAGUUGCAGAUUGUUGUCAACCGCCAUGGCCGAUACAUUGGAACAGCCUACCCGGCCCUGCUGAGCAGUAACAAUCCAGAUUUGUACUGAAAACCUGUGUCCUGCCAUUUAGUGGCCACUCUCAGGAAACGCAAAAUAAUGUAGCAAAGCAUAUCUCAAGACUGUUACGUGAUAUUACUGUCACCUGAACUAAAUGACGGGAGCCAUGAUUGUGUUCAGACAUUAUUCUAUGAGAAUUUACUAGGAAUAAUAUUGAGGUGUUUCAGGUCAGACACCUUGGUGGGGGCAUGUGGUUUCUGGGCAUUAUUCAGGUGACAGUACUAUUCAACAUGUACCCUCCUAUACAAGGAGAAAACUGAGGCCAGUUACUAUAUUUUAUCAGGGUGUUAGGGGCCAAAUAUAGGCCUGUUUACAGAAUGUCAUUAAACAUUACAUUUUUUCACACUGGCACUGAUUCAUCAAGCUGCAGUCGUGUCUAACCCCUUCCUGCCCACUCUUCAUAUAUAAACCUCUCCCAGCAUUAUGCUCCAUGCUAGGGAUAUGUUCAAUAACCUCCCUUUGAGAGCCACAUGCUGACAGUGCAGCUGGUGGCUCUAAAUGGCAUUUAUCACUGCCAACUGGGGUCCCCAGUGACCAAUGGGGACCAAUCAGUGUGAUUCCUGAUCUCUUAACCACUGUCAGCUCUGACAGUGUAAGAAUAUGCUGGCAGGAGGUUUUAUUGUGGGGAAAAAAAAGAAAGCCUUCAGAUGAAUACUGUCCCUUUCAGUGACCUCUUUUUACUAUUGUAAUUGUCAGAUUACAGUAUUAAAAAAAAAAAAGGAAAUAUUUAAAACAUAGGGCAUGGCAAAGAGGUCUUUCAAGCAACAUUGUCUAGCAUUUUAGAAUGCCUUAAAGGAUAAGUCCACCCUAACACUAAAAUUUCUACAUUCACGAUCUAACACUAACCUAUCUAACCUUGUAAAGAAUAAAUCCAUAUAUAUACAUUUUUUUAAGCCGAUCCCACGCUGAGCUGUCAGCCGUGGCUUCGCUGCUGAGGCAGUUGCCGAGGACACAACCGACAAGGGAAGCCCCAUAGUCUAUGGGUGAAGUCAUUCCUUCGUGACAUUUCACAGUCGUUGUCGGCAUGUAUGGUAUGUAUACUGAUUUCUUCUUUACAGGGCUAGAUAAGUUAUAUGAGAGAGUGGAUGCAUAGAUUUUAGUGUUAGGGAGGACUUAUCCUUUAAGAACAAUUUAACACCCUUAUAAAUAGCACGACGAGUCACUGCCAGUGUGUAUCUUUUUAAAUACAUAUACAUUAUUUUUUUCUUGUUGUUUUUUUUAUUUAAAGACUUUCUUUACAGACCAAAUAUUUUUACCUCGUGCCUUGUAAACAUUUCAGAAAGUUUGAAGCAGUGAAUGCUUUCUAAUGAAGAAAUUCCCAUGAAUCUAUGUAAUGUGAAGCGUUGGAUUUUAUUGCAAAGUGUUCAUUUGUAAAAGAUCAUAUACAUUUCAAAACAUUAAAACAUUUCAAAAGUU